GCAAAGGAUAGUCGCUGGCGAUUUCCUGGCCUGCAGCGCCAUCAAGUACACAACUGCACCCGCGCUCUCGCAAAAGCGUAACCCGCGGACUAAACGCCUUCCAUCCUUGGCGCAUUGCGAUAAUAGCUCAAAAGGGAGCGAGGUCUGCGCGGCCGGCAUGGCCGGCUGGCAGCAACUGUCCCGCCGCUGUCCCGCGCCUUCACGCGCUGCCUGCUGCUGCGCGGCCUUAGCGCCGGCCUCAGCCCUUCCCUGCCACCCUAGCUACAUGUGGUCACUCACCAGUGUGUCCUCCAAGUACUCCAAAAAGCCCCGACACAUGCUGGCGCACUCGGCAGCCGGCGGGGACGGCAAGACAGGCGCAUCCAACUCGGGGAGAGAUGAGGCGGUGGUGGUGACGGCCUCCAGUGUGGCCCCACUGCCGCAGCUGCAGCUGCUGCAUGGGGGAGGCGCAGGACCCGCACUGAUGCGGCCCGACGGCACAGCGGCGUCGGGGGCGGCGGGCGGGUCCGGCGCAGCAGGCGGCGGGGGCUGUGGCAGCGGCAGUCCGGGGGUGCUGCACCAGGUGCACGUGCACAUAUACGGGGGGCAGGGGCACGUGUCUGGUCAGGGCAGGGGACAGUACGCGGCCGGCGGUGGGGCGGGGUCGCGGGCGGAGUUAGGGGGCGGGGCUGCGGGGACAGGGACGUCGUCUGGCCUGUGUAUCGAGGAGGGCGGCGGGCGACUGGACUUGACCCCGGGUGUGGUGCCCAGUCCGCCACUGGGCCAGCCCUACCAGCGCCCGGGACACACACACAGCGCGGGCGGAGCUGGGCCCGGCCUGCUGGCGGGCUCAGCCGUGGGCGUGGGACCGGCUUCAGCAGCAGCUGCGGCCGCUGCCGCCGCUGGUGGCAGUGUGGGUGUGGUUGGCGGCAGCAGUGAGUCUCUGGGCAGUCUGGAUGCGGAGCUGGUGCGCACCUCGGCGCUGUCGGCGGCGCGGCGGGGGCAGCUGUGCGACUCGGGGCUGCCAGACCCAGACAUGUGUGACCUCACGGAUGAGAGCGGCCCGCCUGCGCCCAUGCCCGUGGUGGAGGAAGCGCUGAGCAGGGGCCGCUGGCUGCUGGGGCUGCUGAUUGUGCAGUCCACGUCUUCCUUCGUGCUUGACGCAUAUCAGGACCUGCUCCGGGACCACCUGGUGGUGACCCUGUUCCUGACCAUGCUGGUGGGGGCGGGAGGAAACGCAGGCAACCAGUCCGCCAUCAAGGUCAUUCGCGGCCUGGCCACGGGUGUGAUCCGGCCCUCCUGGCCCUCGGCCCGCGCCACCUUGCGGGAGCAGGCGCUGGUGGGCGUGCUGCUGGGCGCGGGUCUGUCUGCGGGCGGCUUCCUGCGCGUGUACGCCACACAUGGUGACUUCAACAACGCAGUGGCCAUCAGCAUCAGCCUGUUCCUGAUCGUGAUGACCUCAGUCGUGCUGGGCACCGGCCUGCCCUUUGCCCUGGCACGUGCGGGCGUGGACCCGGCGAAUGCUGGGACAAGCAUCCAGGUGCUGAUGGACAUCCUCGGAGUGGGUGAGCUCGACUACGACCAGCGGGCGGGAAUCUGGGAAUUAGGCGUGCUGGCCAUCACGUGCGUCACCUGCAACUUCAUAUUGGUACAGCUGGCCAGUGGCAUCGCGGCCAGCAGUGCGGCGGCGGCGGCGGCAGCGGCAGCUGGUGCAAUGUGAGGGCAGUGGGCGUUGGGAGCAGUGGGCGCAGCGUAGGAAGUGUAGGGUAGUUGGGGGCGCAUGCCUUGGCGCAAGCCGGGCGCACGACCAGGCGGCGCGUGCAUGCUAGAGAGAGGAAGAAGCUGACGGAAGGCCAGACCUGUGAGACUGCCGUGUGUUAUCCUACUGUGCAUGGGGUUGGGAGUGGCUGCAGCAGCCCUGCACAACUUCAGAGCCACACCAUGGCAGGUUUGGGCAUGGUAUUUACGUAUGGUGUUCAUAAUAGUGGCACAGUAUUGGCCCGGCACGGCAACAGUGAAGUGCUCGUGCAUUCGGCAGAGCGUAUGCAGGAGGGUGCUGCCAUGAAAGGUCAUGGCGGGUUGGCACCGGCACCGGGGGUACACCUGGUUGGUGCAGAAUUGCUGCUGGUGUAAGCAGUGACAGAGUCGCUCGUCAUGACGCGCUGAACGUAGAAGUGGUAGUGGUGUUGCAAGAUGGGACAGAUGCUGGUGGACGUCGGAGCGGCUGAGCAGGGCCGGGGGGGGGGGGAACACUCGUCAACUAACAGCUGAACACUUGCCAAACACAAGGGGUUCCCGCACUCUUGCCUUGAUCGGCUUUCCAUGCUCAUGGGCAGCGCGCUCGCACGUACAGGAGAGGUGCGGGCGCCAUGGCAUGCCGCGUGUGGGCUUGAUACCAAGGGGUGCCUGUUUGGUUUCCCAUUGUCCCUCGAAGGUCGUUACGCUUCACUA